GCGAACGAAACGCAUAACAGGUGUCGCUAUCUGUCACUCAAACAUUGUUUUUGUGUUGUUUAGCGUGAAAUGUAAACACCAUUUGAGUGACAAUUAGCUGAUCCCAAGAAACGACAUCAGCGCCAAGACAUGGACGAGCCCUUCUCCAACCCAUUGGCGCCCCCAUCGGCACCGGUGGCCGACAGGCGGGAAAUCUCCAGACAGGACUCGGCGCCGACAGACACUCAACCGCUCACUAACGCAGACUUCAGGAAACUAAUGAUGACUCCGAGGGUAGGCCUGUCCUCGUCGUCGUCACUAUCGGGCGGCACCGGUAUGUCGUCCGUACGCGAGUCGACACGCGGUCAACGGCCGGCUCUGAAGGCGGACUCCAAUGAGAACCGACAGAAGAAGAAGAAGCUGUUCGCCACUCUUAAGCGUCAAGAGGACGACACUCUGACAGAACUGGCCAAACGGUACAGAGAUAGGGCCCGAGAGCGCAGGGAUGGCGCCAAUCCUGACUACGGACACGAGGCCAACGAGUCGUCUUCCGUGGCCCCGAACGCCGCCUACAGAGCGGUGGCGCCGGACCUGAAGUCCGGGUUAGACGCGGCCGAACGGCGCAAGAAAGUGAUCCAGGAGUCCAAGUACUUGGGCGGAGAUAUGGAGCACACCCACCUCGUCAAGGGGCUCGACUAUGCGCUCCUCCAUAAGGUUAAGGCCGAGAUCACUAGUAAGGAGAGAGAGGACGACGUGGAGAAUGAGGCCAAUGAGGAGGAAGAGGAACAGGAGGCGAUGGACACGAAAAGGUCGAAGAAGUCUGCGGCCACUGUUCCCGAUAUACCCGUCGAAGCGGACGAUCCGUUUGCGCUGAAGAGUAAAAUCGCCAAAAAUAUAGUGAAUGUACUCUUCAAUAGAGCGCCGCCCGAUAGGAAUGAACUCUUUUUGACCGGAAGAAUGGCUUAUGUCGUCGAUUUAGAGGAUGAGUUCCCCGACAGCGAUAUCCCGACGACAGUCAUCCGAAGCAAAGCCGACUGCCCUAACAUCGAGUCGAUGACCACAUUAAGCACUAACGAUAUAGUGAUCAACAAAUUGACUCAAAUCCUGUCAUACCUACGACAGGGCGGCGCCGGCAGGAAGACUAAGAAAGCGAAGGAAAAGAUCCCAUUGAUUGGCGAAGACGGCGGCAAAAAGAGUGAUAAAUUGGCACAAAAUCAACCGAAAGGCGACAGUAUUUACGACGACGUCGGAGAUUAUGUGCCGGACUUGAAGAAGAGGGAGAGUAGGAGUGAUAGGGAAAGGGAUAAGAGUAGAGGUCAUAGGGAUAGGGAUCACCGGAAUAGAGAUCGCGAGAGA